AUGGUAAUCUUAUCAUGUUUUUUCGACGGCAAGUGCGAUAUUACUCCCAUUACCAGAAAGUUUUGCCAAAAGUGUCGUUUAAGUAAAUGUUUUGCCGUUGGCAUGAAAAAGGAUUGGAUUCUCACAGAGUAUGAGAAAAUCAUGAAACGUAAGAAAGUGGAGGAGAAUCGACGCAAACGACGUUUAAUUGAAAAUAUUUACAAUAAUAAUAUUAAUAAUAAUAAUAUUGUAUUUAAAACUGAUUACUCGGUCUCUGAUAGCCAUUCCUGUGAGAUAAUCCCUACUCAAAGUCCAGAUAAUAGUCGCGUUAUAGACACUAGUAAUCAAUCCGAGUAUGAAAUCAGUAAUGUCUGGACUCCAGACUCUGAGGACACACCCAAUGAUAACACAAUGAUAUCACACGAAGCCAUCGAUCAACACAUAAUCAAUGACUCAAUUGUUCCGAGACUAGCGGAUCAGUUGGCAGACAAAGAGUUAUUUUUGAGCAAUCAGCAAAAAUUCAAAUUAUCCACAGUUUCUAUCGUCAGACAUAUCAGCAAUUUUAGCAUAAGUUUCAACGAGUUUGAAAUCAACAAAAUCCGGGAACUGUUGACAGCCUUGAAAUGGAUUAGAGAGCCCACCGGUAAUACCGUUAUAGCCGAGUUGGAUGAUCCGGUUCAAUACAAAAUGACCAUGGCUGCCAGAUUUAAUACACUGAUCCUAAAUUUUAUUCAAAUGACAAAACAGUUGAACCCAUUUAAUAACCUGUGCGGCAAUGAUAUGAUAGCGCUUAUAAAGUAUGGCUGUAUUGAAAAUCUGUUGAUGCGUUCACUUGAGUAUUAUAACCCCAAAGACAGGUACUGGACAAUAAACACGGACCAUAACAGUUCUCUUUUGCUAAAAUUGGAUUUUACGGCUAAAUGCGAACCAUUUUUGGGCGACUGUUAUAUCAGAUACUUUGACAUUAUGUGCCCGGAAUGGGAUUCAGAUGAGCUAAUUAUGGACUUGUUAACUGCUAUAGUACUGUUUGACCCAAACAGACCGAACCUUAAGUACCGAGAUACUUGAACAGAAUCUGUAUAUGUAUUUACUUC